UGCGCGGGGAUUGGCGUCCGGCGGCGCUCCGGGCUGCUGGGAAGAUGGCGGACUCGGUGGCCCGCCGAUGAGGAGGCCGCGGGGGGAUCCCGGCACCCGGGUCCCGAGACCGACUGAGGGAGCGACCUGCGCGGGGCCCGGGGAGUCAUGUAGGGGUGGCGCCUGCGUGGCGGGCAGCGGGAGGGCAGCGGGAGCUGGCGUUGACGGCGGUGGCCACGGUCUCCUGGCGUCCCUGGGCAGGGGUGGGUAUGGGGGCUCCCGACCUCGGCGACUCCGCGCCAUUGCAAAGCUGCGCGCUCGGGCCCCACGCGAGCUCUGCGAGGUGUGCACUGCAUUCUCAUCUCACGGGUGAAGAGACUUAGGCAGAGAGACGGAGAGGAAGUCCCUUGUCCAAGGUCAUGCCGCUGGGUCUCCAUCACCCAACUCCAUGCUUCGAGUCCUGCUCUCUGCCCAGGCCUCCCCGGCCCGGAUGUGUGGCCUGCUGCUGAUUCCGCCAGUACAGCCCUGCUGUUUGGGGCCCAGCAAGUGGGGGGACCGGCCUCUUGGAGGAUGCCCCAAUGCAGGCCCUAUACAAGGGCUGCAGCGGCUUCUGGAGCAGGCAAGGAGCCCUGGGGAACUGCUGCGUUGGCUGGGCCAGAACCCCACCAAGGUGCGCGCCCACCACUAUCCUGUGGCGCUUCGUCGUCUGGGCCAGCUCUUGGGGUCUCAGCCACGGCCCCCUCCUGUGGAGCAGGCCACACUGCAGGACUUGAGUCAGCUCAUCAUCCGAAACUGCCCCUCCUUUGACAUUCACACCAUCCACGUGUGUCUGCACCUUGCAGUCUUACUUGGCUUUCCAUCAGAUGGGCCCCUGGUGUGUGCCCUGGAGCAGGAGCGACGGUUCCGCCUCCCUCCGAAGCCACCUCCCCCUUUGCAACCUGUCCUCCGUGGUGGGCAAGGGUUGGAAGCUGCUCUGAGCUGCCCCCGUUUCCUGCGGUAUCCACGGCAGCAGCUGAUCAGCAGCCUGGCAGAAGCGAGGCCGGAGGAACUGACUCCCCAUGUGAUGGUGCUCCUGGCCCAGCACCUGGCCCGGCACCGGUUGCGGGAGCCGCAGCUUCUGGAAGCCAUUGCCCACUUCCUGGUGGUCCAGGAAGCCCAGCUCAACAGCAAGGUGGUACAGAAGUUGGUUCUGCCCUUUGGGCGGCUGAACUACCUGCCUUUGGAACAGCAGUUUAUGCCCUGCCUUGAGAGGAUCCUGGCUCGGGAAGCAGGGAUGGCACCCCUGGCCACAGUCAACAUCUUGAUGUCACUGUGCCAGCUGCGGUGCCUGCCCUUCAGAGCUCUGCACUUUGUCUUUUCCCCGGGUUUCAUCAACCAUGUCAGUGGCACCCCUCACGCUCUGAUUGUGCGUCGCUACCUCUCUCUGCUCGACACGGCUGUGGAGCUGGAGCUCCCAGGAUACCGGGGUCCCCGCCUUCCCCGAAGGCAGCAAGUGCCCAUUUUUCCCCAGCCACUCAUCACCGACCGUGCCCGCUGCAAGUACAGUCACAAGGACAUAGUAGCUGAAGGGCUGCGCCAGCUGCUGGGGGAGGAGAAAUACCGCCAGGACCUGACCGUGCCUCCAGGCUACUGCACAGACUUCCUGCUAUGUGUCAGCAGUUCUGGUGCUGUACUUCCCGUGAGGACCCAGGACCCCUUCCUGCCAUAUCCACCAAGGUCCUGCCCGCAGAGCCGGGCUGCCUCUAACCCCACUACCCACGACCCUGCCCAAAGGGUGGUGCUGAUGCUGCGGGAACGCUGGCAUUUCUGCCGAGAUGGCAGGGUGCUGCUGGGCUCACGGGCCCUGAGGGAGCGGCACCUGGGCCUAAUGGGCUACCAGCUCCUGCCGCUGCCCUUCGAGGAACUGGAGUCCCAGAGAGGCCUGCCCCAACUCAAGAGCUACCUGAGGCAGAAGCUCCAGGCCUUGGGCCUCCGCUGGGGGCCUGAAGGAGGAUGAGGGGAUGCAAGUUGGGUUUAGGAUGGACCCCCCCAACAGGGGUGACAAUUUGCACUUUGGCUUCCUGUUUUGUUUUUUCAUUAAAGUCCCUUUCCUUCCC